CUGCACACCGCACAGCCUGAAGUGCUGACUGUGAGAAGCAGCUGGUGCAGUGGUUACGGGAACCGACACAAAGACAGACAGCAGAUGGAUUCAGCAGCCAGCAAUCCGUCAACCGCACGCUUCCAGGAUUAUCUGCGGAUACGGAGCGUGCAGCCAGACCCGGACUACGAUGGAAUUGUGCGGUUCCUGUUCAAGAUGGCGGAAGAGAUUGGUCUGGAGAGCAAGAAGCUGGAGUUCUCUCCAGGCCGACCUAUAGUCAUUUUCACCUGGAAGGGGACCCAGCCUCAUCUGAAGUCUGUGGUUCUAAACUCCCAUACAGAUGUGGUUCCGGUAUUCGAGGAGUUCUGGACCUACCCACCGUUCUCUGCUCACAAAGACAAAGACGGGAAUAUCUAUGCGAGGGGAACGCAGGAUAUGAAAUCUGUCACUAUACAGUAUCUAGAAGCCAUCCGCCAGCUGAAGUCUGAGGGCCGUCGCUUCCCGCGCACCAUUCACCUUACCAUGGUCCCAGAUGAAGAAAUCGGGAGUAAAGUUGGGAUGGAACUCUUCGUAGAUCACCCGGACUUCCGCGCGCUUAAUCCUGGGAUCACUCUGGAUGAGGGUCUCGCAAACCCCACAGAUGAGUUCAGUGUAUUUUAUGGAGAGAAGUGUGUCUGGUGGGUGACCGUUCACUGCCAUGGAGAUCCUGGUCACGGCUCUCGUUUCAUAGAGAACACAGCUGCCUCCAAACUGCACUCUGUUAUAUCAAGUUUGCUGGAGUUUCGGGAGAAAGAGAAGAAGAGACUACAGUCCGAUACCUCCCUCACGCUUGGCGAUGUGACCACCGUAAAUAUGACGAAGGUGAAUGGGGGGGUUUCCUGCAACGUGAUUCCCACUGAGAUGUCGGCAACCUUUGACCUCCGUAUCCCACCCACUGUGAACUUAAAGGAGUUUGAGGCUCAGCUAGAUGGUUGGUUCCGGGCGGCUGGGGACCAAGUGACCUGGGAGUAUCAUCAGAAAUGCAUGAACCAGCGAAUGACCACGCCAGAAGACCGUAACCCAUGGUGGAAGGCUUUCAGCGACCCCUGCAAAGAGCUGGGUCUGAAGCUAAGGCCAGAGAUCUUUCCAGCUGCCACCGACAGUCGUUACAUUAGGACGGCUGGAUUCGAUGCGUUGGGGUUCUCGCCCAUGAACAAUACGCCCAUCUUGCUCCAUGAUCACAAUGAGUAUUUGAAUGAGAAUGUCUUCCUGCGGGGGAUACAGAUUUACACCCGUAUCAUCGGCUCGCUGGCCAGCGUCCCCCAAUUAGAGGGAGAAUGCUGACACUAGAGGGGCAAGUGACCUGUGAAGAGAGGCCCAUGCUCGGUGCCAUCUGGUCUGCGGCAAAAUGGAGUCCACAGGAAGAGACUGUCAGGUUACCUCAGAGACUAAUGGUUUCACCUCUGACAGUCCUACACAAAAUUAAUUAUCUAUGGUGAUUUACUCAGGGCUUUAAUAAUGAUCAAUCUUAAUGGUUCCUCUUCCAUAAAUCAUCCCCUUCCUGGUUCAGUUCCAUCGUGUUCACCAUUACACCCUCUCACAGGAAUGGCUGACCUGUGGCCCUCCAGCUGUUGUGAAACUACACAUCCCAGCAUUCCAAGCCCCAGUUCUACAAUUAGGGAAUGCUAAAACUGGGGCAGGGCAUGCUGGGAUGUAUAGUUUCACAACAGAUAGAGCAGGCCUGGCCAACUUUCGGCUCUCCAAGUGCCUGAUAACACAACGUAGAGAUACUGCCGCCUGUCCGCAUUCUCCUUCUGCCUCCAUGUCCCUAACCUCCUGUCUCGGUGACUCGCAGUACACUGCCUCCUAUACUGCACAAGAUGGCCGCUGCCUUGCUCUUACGUUUGAUCAGUUUCUGCACUUUCAGCCACUUCUAUCCCUCUCUCCGGCCAUUGCGUGAUUACCUGCAGCCUCUCCUCUACUACUGGGCCUGUAAUGUGGCAGUUAAGAGCUGAUUGGUUGGUACUAAGGGGGACAUGUGAUAAAAGUGGAGAAGUGAGCCAGUGGAUAAGUUGCCCAUGGCAACCAGUCAGCUGCUCUGUAUACUUUGGUAGUAUGCAAAUUAGAAAUGUUAUGUCAAUGCUGCUUGGUUGCUAUGGGUAACUUCUCCACUGGCUCACUUCUCCACUUUUAUCACUGCUUGUUACAUGUCCCCCUCUAUCAUCGUGCAAUGUAUCACUCUCCAAGGCUUAAUAAAUCUGGGCCUUUAUUUGGUAAAAGUGCUGGGAGAAAUGUAUUUAGAAGUCCUUAAAGAGUACACGUGUUUAGAUGUAGCGUUACCUGUUUUCCCAGCACAGAUGUAGGACUGUGAUUGAGCCCCCAGCGUCCUGCAGCCAGCGCAGAGAUAAUGAGGUAUUAACGUUUCCUAACAAUCCAGAUAGCCUUGUAUGGUGCUGCGAGAGCGUCUUCUGCAGCCCGCCCUCCCCCACUGGCCAAUCACAGUCUAGCGUUAGGGUUUAGGGAUUCCUCUCUACCUCUGAAGCUUUGUCCGUCCAUCGCUGCUUCUGCCAAAGAACGUUCUGCUGUCUCGUCUCAGGUUAAUAUAUAAGACAGGUGACUGUACAAUGCCCCCAGCCACACGUGUCACUGCACAGCGGACUCUGCUCCCUCCAGAUCUGACCAUGCGGAAUAAUCACCAGUCUGUCUACAAGCAGAAAGUCUGUGCUGGCUGUCAUUGUGUGUUAUCUAGAAUCCGGCCUGGGCCUCUCUUGGGGUAUUGGUGCACAUUGGGCCACUCCAGGAUUUUGGGUGAACCUCAUUUCGUAGUCACUGGUAGCUGUGCCGCGUACCUCCCACAGUGUGACUGUCCGUAGCGCCUGCUAUCAGGCUGCGUUCCAAGCUGCGGAGACGUUUUAUGGAGCCUGGAUAUAGCUGGAUCAUCCAUUAGGCAGCCUAGGCUCUUUCCUAGGGCCCACUGGGUAAUGAGGGGCCCGGAGUGCCAUAACCUGUUUAUACGGUUUGCUUUAUUUGUGGCAAACAGAAGGGAAGGAUAUCCCAAACCAGUAUGAGGGCUACAUGGGGUGUUAAUCCAUAUCUGCCCCUGGCUGACAAGCCCAUCUCUGUGCUAUCAGGUAAUGCUGCGGGCCGUCAGCGUCUACUAUCGGGUAAUGCUGCGGGCUGUCAGCGUCUACUAUCGGGUAAUGCUGCGGGCCAUCAGCGUCUACUAUCGGGUAAUGCUGCGAGCCGUCAGCGUCUACUAUCGGGUAAUGCUGCGGGCCGUCCGUGUAUAUCAGAUAAUGCUGCGGGCCGUCCGUGUAUAUCGGAUAAUGCUGCGGGCUGUCAGUGUGUAUCGGGUAAUGCUGCGGGCCGUCAGCGUCUACUAUCGGGUAAUGCUGCGGGCCGUCAGUGUGUAUCGAGUAACGCUGCGGGCCGUCAGUGUGUAUCGGGUAACGCUGCGGGCCGUCAGUGUACAUCGGGUAACGCUGCGGGCCGUCAGUGUACAUCGGGUAACGCUGCGGGCCGUCAGUGUACAUCGGGUAACGCUGCGGGCCGUCAGUGUACAUCGGGUAACGCUGCGGGCCGUCAGUGUACAUCGGGUAACGCUGCGGGCCGUCGGUGUGUAUCGGGUAACGUUGCGGGCCGUCGGUGUGUAUCGGGUAACGUUGCGGGCCUUCGGUGUGUAUCGGGUAACGUUGCGGGCCUUCGGUGUGUAUCGGGUAACGCUGCGGGCCGUCAGUGUACAUCGGGUAACGCUGCGGGCCGUCAGUGUACAUCGGGUAACGCUGCGGGCCGUCGGUGUGUAUCGGGUAACGUUGCGGGCCGUCGGUGUGUAUCGGGUAACGUUGCGGGCCUUCGGUGUGUAUCGGGUAACGUUGCGGGCCUUCGGUGUGUAUCGGGUAACGCUGCGGGCCGUCGGUGUGUAUCGGGUAAUGCUGCGGGCCGUCGGUGUGUAUCGGGUAAUGCUGCGGGCCAUUAGUGUGUAUCGGGUAAUGCUGCGGGCCGUCAGUGUGUAUCGGGUAAUGUUGCGGGCCUUCGGUGUGUAUCGGGUAAUGCUGCGGGCCGUCGGUGUGUAUCGGGUAAUGCUGCGGGCCGUCGGUGUGUAUCGGGUAAUGCUGCGGGCCGUCGGUGUGUAUCGGGUAAUGCUGCGGGCCAUUAGUGUGUAUCGGGUAAUGCUGCGGGCCGUCAGUGUGUAUCGGGUAAUGCUGCGGGCCGUCGGUGUGUAUCGGGUAAUGCUGCGGGCCGUCGGUGUGUAUCGGGUAAUGCUACGGGCCGUCGGUGUGUAUCGGGUAAUGCUGCGGGCCGUCGGUGUGUAUCGGGUAAUGCUGCGGGCCAUUAGUGUGUAUCGGGUAAUGCUGCGGGCCGUCAGUGUGUAUCGGGUAAUGCUGCAGGCCGUCAGUGUGUAUCGGGUAAUGCUGCGGGCCGUCAGUGUGUAUCGGGUAAUGCUGCGGGCUGUCAGUGUCUGCUCUCUGUUAUCAUGUAUGGAAAAUAAAGAUUUUAGAUUUUAUCUGUA